AUUGAUGAAAUUGCUAUGAGCCCAAUCAAUCAUAUAAUACUUAUCAGCGGUAAGAGGAAAUGUGGCAAAGAUUUUCUGUCAGAAAAAUUGCAGAAACGACUUGGUGAACGUAGCCAAAUAAUUCGCAUCUCAGAACCUAUCAAAUCUGAGUGGGCCAAGAAGCGGAAUCUCAAUUUGGAAGAACUGCUUAGCGAUGGGCCCUACAAAGAACAGUAUCGAAAAGAAAUGAUUGUAUGGAGUGAUGAAAUGCGCGAAAAGGAUUACGGAUACUUCUGCCGAGCAGCUAUGUCUAAAGCUAAUCACGAUGUAGUCAUUGUUAGUGACAUAAGGCGUAAAAACGACAUCAAGUAUUUUCGUGAAACAUAUGGAGCAUGUGUGCAAACCAUACGACUUACGUGUCCAGAAGCAAUACGUUUUGAACGUGGCUGGAGCUUUACUUCAGGCAUCGAUGAUGUAGCAUCUGAAUGCGACUUAGAUGAAUACGAUCAAUGGGACUUAAUUAUAGAAAAUAAUAAUGAACUCAAUGGAGAACAGAUAAUCGAUCUAAUAAUGACAAAAUUUGAUUUUGAUUGAAGCUUAACUAACUAAUAUCCUUCUGCAUCUCGAAAUGCUCCAUAUUUUCUGGAUUCCUUCAUAUAUUUAAUAUACAUCUAUUGCACUUAGAUUAGAAAUAUGUAUACGCACUUUUGUAAGGCUUGUAAGCAACAUUUAUUUAAUAUAUUGUUAGUUCGUAAUAUUUUAAUAUAUUAUAUUGAAUUGUAUAUAAGUGGAUUGAAACAUAAU